ACCACCUGGACACAGUAUCACCGUGUGCCAUGAUGGAAACACGCAUUCGAAGUCAAAGAUGUGGAUUGAGGGAGAGCUUUUGGCUGCUUCCUCCAAUUACACCCCUCCCGCACUUUAAGCUCACUAAGCCCCGCCCUAAUCCGCAGCCUCGGAGCCCCUGCACCUAAACCAAUCCAGCCUUAUUGAUUGAUCGUACAACACCAAGACUGCGACUGCAACCACCUAAAACCCUGGGCAUACAAAGCCUCACCCGACAAUGUCUGACCUUGCCAAAUCCUUCGCCAAAUCCAAACUCGGCUCCCUUCCCCCAAUUCCCUCCUCACCCCCUCCAGAAGAGCCCGUCGACCAGACCCCCACCACCGAGGACGACUCCUCUUCCGCCUCCUCCAUGUCCAGUACCGGCACCGUCAUUCCCAAUCCCUCCCUUCGCCCUGCCCCGCCCAUCCACUGGUCUUCCUACUUCGCACAGGAGUUCUACCUAGAGACACACUCCCGCGCAGACUCGAGCCACGCCAAAUUCCACGUAUACUUGACGCCCCCCAAGUCGUCGAAGGCGCCGUUGCUGGUGCUGCAUCAUGGCGCAGGGAGCUCGGCAUUGAGUUUCGCGUUGUGUGCUAAGGAGCUGCAGAGGUUGUUGCCAGAGGCGGGCAUAUUAGCGGUGGAGGCCAGAGACCAUGGGAGCGUGGUGUGGGACAAGGAGGGGCAUGUGGACAGUGAUCUGUCGAUUGAUACCCUAAGUCAAGAUUUAGUUGACAUGUUGUCAUUGACGGCGACGCGCAUGGGGUGGGCUGAGCUGCCGACAGUGGUGCUGGUGGGACAUAGUCUGGGAGGGGCUGUCGUGACGAAUACGGCGAGUAAAGGCUUGUUGGGGGAUAAGCUGUUGGGGUAUGCGGUUCUGGACGUGGUCGAGGGAUCGGCCAUGGAGGCUUUGAAGCUCAUGCAGGCCUACUUGAAGAGUAGGCCGCAGACCUUUGCGACGCUGGAAGCAGCUGUGGAGUGGCAUAUGCGGUCGAGGACCCUGAGGAAUCCCGAGUCGGCGAGGGCCAGUGUACCGAGCUUGCUGCUGCAGACGCCCGAGGGAAGGUGGAAGUGGAGGACUGAGCUCUCAACCACCGAAGACUACUGGGAAAACUGGUUUUCCGGCAUGAGUUCAAAGUUCCUGGGAGGCAAGGGCGCCAAGUUGCUGAUCUUAGCUGGCACGGAUAGGCUUGACAAGGAACUGAUGAUCGGGCAGAUGCAGGGUAAAUUCCAACUGCAGGUAUUCCCUACUGCAGGCCACUUCCUGCAAGAAGACCUCCCUGAAAAGACCGCAGAGGUGGUCGUCGAGUUUGUGAAACGCAACGACCGUAGCACCCUCGUGCUGCCGCCUAAGGUUUCCGAUCUACUCGCGCAGGGCAAGAAAGUAUGAGACCUGCCGAAUUGCGUCGUCCACCAGCAUAUAUAGCUGCACGAGUCGCCGGUAUGUUCGGCCAGAUGAUACCGGCAGUCGAGGCCAGGAAGGGUUGAUAAUUGG